UUGGGCUUAUAUGAAAACGUGAGGUCGGCAACUCGUUGGAGAAACAGUCAGACACCAUCGCGCUUAGACUGUGUAUUCACUAACGAAGAAUUCCUAGUCGACAACCUCUCAAUCCUGGCUCCUCUGGGAAAGAGCGAUCAUGCUGUCAUAGCCUUCAGUUUUGUCAUCAAAACUAAGCUAAGGUAUCCCAACAAUAAUUUGCGUUGGAAUUUUAAACGGCUGAAUGUCCCAGCUCUACAUGACUAUCUAUGUAACAGAAAGAGAACAGUAAAAAUCCCUCUGCAGCUUCUUUGUUGAACAGUAUUUUCAUUUAUUUGUUCCUUCUCCCUUUUGUGUAUUCCAACCUUUGUUUCGAUCUCGUUUAACCAUGUCUUUUGUUCUUCAGUCUCCCCCGUUUAAGCCUUUAUUAUGUGAUUUUGAUUAAAGACUUAUUUUUUGUUACCUAAUUUUCUAUUGCAUGUUGCCGGACCAUUGACAGUAAGGUUGUGUUUGACUAAGCUCAAGGUCACGGCGUGGUUCAUUUUGUGACUGUUAACCUUCUGACUGUCUGCUUGGGAGAAUUGCUGCAAUCCCUGCAGAUAGAUAUUUGAUCCCAUCUUAUUGGGAAUAUUUGUAUUGAUUCUCAGCGCGCUACUUUGCGUUAGAGAAACUUCUGACUGUAUAGCACAGGCUGUACCGUUUGAGAACCGUUUAUAUUGAGCACAGAGUUUGUGUUUUGAUAUAAUAUAAUACGAGUAUCUCAAAGACGCGUUGUGGGCUAUACAGAGGAACUUGGUCUGGUCUAAUCGAAUAAAUUUUGGGUUCGUCAGUCCGUUGUUCCAACCGGAUAUUGGCUGUUCGGUCGUUACAGUUCUCAAACGAACAGUAAUCUCAAGUGACAAAUUCUGGAAUGCCUGGAAAGCGCAAUAAGGUCAACGAAAACUUGGCGUUGGGCCACGGAGAAAUGCAAUCGGAUGCACCUCCAGAUGCACGAUCGUCCUUUGAAAUUAAUUGUGACUUUCAUAGCAUCAUUCUUAAUUAUUAUUGCACAAAUAUUUAUACUAAUAUCCGGUGUCAUUCUGUAUACUAUUACAUAAAUCUAAAUGUAUUCAUCCGAGUGCUUUAACGGAUUUUUAUUUUAUUUCUUUUUAAAUUUCUGGUUUCCUUCUGAGGUUGAUAUUCAUUACACAAUUAUUAUUCUUAUCAUGGAUGAAUCUUUUCAUUAGGUGUUCACUUCUUUUCUUUCUCUUCUUUCCCUCUAAAUAAAUAUUAUUCUUAAGAUUACGAAGUUUGUAACUAAAACAAUAAAUUGUGUUACACUUUAAUUAACUUCUCAGAUUCGUUUUAUCUUCACUAUGCAUAUAUGACUCAUACAUAGUGAUAUUUUAUUAUCCUUUUCACUUAAUUGUGACUUUCAUCGCAUCACUCCAAACCAUGACUGCACAAACAUUUAUUCUAGCGUCAUGUCUUACUGCAAUUAUAAGUUAUUUUUUCUUAAUUAUUUUUGUUACUAAUUUAACGAUACACAAAUAGCCGUUUAUUCUUGUUCUGUGUUCAUAAACACGCCUAUUAGACUGUUUGCGUAUUUCACGUCUCCUUUAUUUCUAUUCCCUUAUUUUCUCCAUUUCCUUCUUUAAACUCAAUUCAAUAUUCUUCUCAAUUACAAAGAACCCAUUUAUUAUUAUUAAUAUUCUACUAUUAUUAUUCUAAAUUUUUUAUUAUUUAAAUAUGGCAAGUAUAAUGCUAACAUUAUUGAAAAUUGUGUAUUAUUGCAUUUUCUGAAGAAACCCGAAAUGGUUUAUUCACAACACUUAUGUACCCAUAAGAUGUUUGUGAAUAAUAAUAAUAAUAAUCUGUGGAUUGUAAAGAUCGUGUUGUGUGUACUGUCGAAGGUUGUCGGGAUCGGCAUCACCCAUCGUUGCAUAAAACCAUCCGAGUUCAGAGUGGUUCGAGUGAGUGCUUAAAAGAAAGUCACUGUGGGUACACAGAGUCAUUAAAAGAGGAUGUGUUUCUGGGUCUGAUCCCUGUACGCCUUAGAGCUGGGGACAAGGAAGUUUCUGGAUAUGCGUUUCUAGACAAUGGCUCAGAUACGACCGUAAUCAAGUUAAGCACUGUACGACGUUUAGGAUUAUCGUCAGAUGGUGCGUCGAUUACCAUCAAAACGGUCAACGGAAAUAAGUUAAGCAGAUCGACCACUAAAGCCUUUAAAGCUUACUCAUUGAACGGAGACGAAUGUAUAAGUAUUGAACAGGCUGUUGUAGUAGAUGAGUUGCCGGUGCAUCGACCAAGAGUACCUGUGAAGGACAGCGCCAAGAAAUGGCCUCAUCUUACUGACUUGCCUUGGACAGAAUCAGUGGAUGGUGAAGUUAUGUUGCUUAUUGGUUGUGACGUGCCUGAAGCGCAUUGGGUCCUAGAUCAAAGAUUGGGUGGAAGAAAAAGCCCAUAUGCUAUUAGGACACUUCUAGGAUGGGUUCUGUUUGGACCGGCAGGCUUUAGCAAAAACAGCAAAAGGAUGGUAAAUUAUAUUUCUCAGUCUGACAACCCUGUAGAGCAGUUAAAGGAAAUAUAUAACUACGAAUUUGCUGACGUGCACUCCUCCGAUAAAGCAUUAUCUUUAAAUGACUUGAAAGCAGUUGGCAUAGUGGAGCGCGACACUUAUUUUGACGAGGGUCAUUGGAUUGUCCCUUUACCUUGGAGGGUGGAGAGAAAUGUAGUCUUUGGUAGCUAUGAUCUAGCUAGACGAAGAUUAGAAAGUCUAAGACGUAGACUCACAUGCAAUAAAGACUUUUGGGAAAGCUACACUUGUUCCAUGCAGCAGACGAUUGACAAAGGGUACGCGGUUGUGGUUCCAGGUAUGCAACUCGAUCCGGGUUAUCGUCCAAAAUGGUACUUGCCCCAUCAUGCAGUGAUUAACCCCAGAAAACCAAGCAGAGUGAGAGUGGUAUUGGAUUGUGCUGCUAAGGUGGCUGGUAAAUCCUUGAAUGACCUUCUUUACCAAGGUCCAGAUACUACAGCAAGUUUAGUUGGGAUCCUGUUACGUUUCCGCGGAUGUGGAAGAAAUGUUCAUGCAAGUAAAGGUCUCGAAGCCCGAUUGUGGAGCGCUACGUUUCCUUUGGUGGCCGAAGGGUGAUAUCGAGAAGGAACCGGUGGAGUAUCAGAUGACAUCACAUCCCUUCGGGGCAAUAUCCUCACCCUUCUGUGCAAACUUUGCAUUGAUGAAGACGGCUCAAAGGUUCUCUAGUGACUAUGAUAACAGCAUACGGGAAUCGGUACUGAACAACUUUUAUGUGGAUGAUUGCCUAGUAUCUUUUCCCAAUGAUGAAGAGGCGAAAAGUUUUGUGGUACAACUAAAUGAAUUGAUGGCUCGAGGAGGUUUCAAGUUGAAAAAAUGGGUGACUAAGUCGGAAAUUGUAAGGAAAGUUUUUCCGCAAUCUAAUAGUAUGGAAGCUAUUGUUGAUAUGUCUCUGAAUCAAGGGCGGACACAUCGAGCCCUCGGGAUUGAAUGGGACACCACACACGAUGUUUUUAAUUUUCGUUUUGAUCCAGGAGAAAAACUCCGACUAGGAGAGGAAUACUAUCCACCAUUUCAUCUCUUUUCGAUCCACUGGGACUGAUAGCUCCAAUAUACCUUCCUGCCAAACAACUCUUACAGAAUCUUUGUAAAACGCGUAUCGGUUGGGACCAGCCUCCGAGUGAUAGUGUUAUGUCCUCGUGGAACGAAUGGGUCACGUUUGUGCGGAGGCUCGGAACGAUCAGUGUUCCUCGAAGCAUUAUAAAUGAAAACAGAAAGAACUUUAAGGCGAUUGAGCUGCAUUUAUUUUGUGACGCCUCUGAAUCUGGUUACGGUGCGGUAGCUCACUCGUGGAACAUCCCUAAGCACCAAGCACCAUACAGCGUUCUACUCUAUAGUAAGUCUAGAGUGGCACCUAUAAAACAGGUGACUGUGCCUAGACUGGAACUAGCAGCGGCAGUAUUGAGUGCUAGAAUAGGGGAAGUUUUAAAUAGGAACCUUCCUCAGGUGUUUGACAAGACUCACUUCUGGACGGAUUCUAUGAUAGUACUGUACUAUAUAAAAAAUACAGAUAGUAGGUAUUCCACCUUCGUGGCUAAUCGCCUGGCCGCUAUUCAUCAUUUAACAUCUGUGGACCAGUGGGGGCACGUAGAGUCCAAUGAAAAUCCUGCUGACUGGACAUCACGAGGCAUACGGAAGGAGCUAGAUUUAAAGAACUGGAUUGAGGGUCCUUCCUUCUUAAGGAAGAGGGAGUCUGUAGGAACACUAACGCUUAUGUGCGAAAACCCCCCAGAAAAUGUUGAAUUUAAAAGAUGUCACACGACCAACGCAGUUGCGCUAAAACAUAGCUUAAGUCCAAUUCUGCUAUAUCACUCAAAUUGGAUAAAGCUGAUUAAAGCGGUAGCAUGGCUCAGAAGAUACGUGACCUAUAUAACCAUCAUGUACUCCCAUCACAAGGACAGGUCCCUAAGUGUGGGCUAUCUGUCAGUUGAUGAAUUGGAUGCAGCUAAACACAAGAUAUUAGCCUUAGUGCAAAAGGAAGUGUAUGGGGAAGCAGUAAAAGUGUCUCGAUGCAAUGGCGUAAGCGCAACUGAUAUAAAAGAGCUAAAAAAUCUUUCACCUACGCUAAUCGAUGGAUUGCUUUGUGUCGGCGGACGAUUAAAUUACUCGGAUUAUCCACUCUCAAUCAGACAUCCGGUAAUUUUACCCAGUCAUCACUCCGUAACAGAACUUAUUAUUAGACACCAUCACCACCUAGAAGGUCACACCGGGACAUCACAAGUGUUAGCUACCAUACGAAGAAAUUAUUGGAUUGUUAAAGGAACCAGUGCAGUUAAACGAGUGAUAGGUAGAUGUGUGAGGUGUAUACGCGCGAAAGCCACAUUAGGCCAACAGAUGAUGGCACCUCUCCCCAAGUGUCGAGUGCAGCAAGGCUGGUUUUGCCUCUCCUCCGUCGGGAUAGACUAUUUUGGGCCGUUGAUAGUUCGUCGGGGAAGAAGUGAGGAAAAAAGAUAUGGAUGCCUAUUUACGUGUCUCCAAACACGUGCCGUACAUUUGGAAGUAGCUUUCAAUUUGAGUACUGAUGCUUUUAUAAUGGCCUUAAUACGUUCCAUAGGGAGGAGAGGAACUCCUAAGGAAAUCUAUAGCGACAAUGGAACUAACUUUGUCGGGGCUACUUCCGAAUUACGGGCUAAUAUGAGCGUGUGGGACAAGCAUAAAAUAAACGACUUAACAGUAUCGAAGGGUAUACACUGGCAUUUCAACCCCCCACUAGCUAGCCAUCGAGGCGGAGUUUGGGAGAGAUUAAUACGGUCUGUUAGGAGGAUCUUACUAUCUAUUUCCAACGGGCAAAUAUUACACGAUGAUAGUUUGGCAACUUAUUUUGUGGAGGUAGAACGAAUUUUAAGCAACCGCCCAAUCGUUCCUGUGACGUCAGAUGAAAAGGAUGAUUUGGCGCUCACGCCAAACACUUUGUUAUUACUAAGAGACUGUGAUGGUUUAGGAGUGGAGUGUAGUGUUGCGGAUAGGUAUUCAAAGCGAUGGAGACAGGUCAAUUGUUUAGCCAAUACCUUCUGGCGUCGAUGGAUAAAAGAGUACAUUCCUUUACUGCAAGUGAGGCAGAAAUGGUUUUGCAAACACAGAAACUUAAAAGAAGGCGAUGUAGUUCUAGUGGCUAACGAUGCAACUACUCGGGGUUCAUGGCCAAUGGGACGGGUUGAUAAGUGCGAGACAGAUAGAGAUGGAUUGGUAAGAACAGUGAUGGUGCGAAUGAGAGAAGGUGUAGUAAGAAGAGAUGUGCGAAAGCUCUGCCUUCUAGAGGGAGCCGAGUAAUUGUAGAUUGUAGCUUAGGCUUAUGGAUGUACAGGCGUACUGUUGUAAGUCCUGUGCCUCCCAUUGAUAUAGAGCAGUUAGUAAGGAGAGCCAUGACAGAAAUGUAUUCUAAGGUGUCUUUGCGUAGCUGGAGGGAUUUUGGGGGCCGGUGUAACAGAAAGAGAACAGUAAAAAUCCCUCUGCAGCUUCUUUGUUGAACAGUAUUUUCAUUUAUUUGUUCCUUCUCCCUUUUGUGUAUUCCAACCUUUGUUUCGAUCUCGUUUAACCAUGUCUUUUGUUCUUCAGUCUCCCCCGUUUAAGCCUUUAUUAUGUGAUUUUGAUUAAAGACUUAUUUUUUGUUACCUAAUUUUCUAUUGCAUGUUGCCGGACCAUUGACAGUAAGGUUGUGUUUGACUAAGCUCAAGGUCACGGCGUGGUUCAUUUUGUGACUGUUAACCUUCUGACUGUCUGCUUGGGAGAAUUGCUGCAAUCCCUGCAGAUAGAUAUUUGAUCCCAUCUUAUUGGGAAUAUUUGUAUUGAUUCUCAGGUAUCAAACCCUUUAGUAUUAACUGUCUCUUUCAUUGUUUAGCGCGCUACUUUGCGUUAGAGAAACUUCUGACUGUAUAGCACAGGCUGUACCGUUUGAGGUAUUUUGUAUUUUUGAUGUAAUUUGUUCUGUUUUCUUAAUUAGAACCGUUUAUAUUGAGCACAGAGUUUGUGUUUUGAUAUAAUAUAAUACGAGUAUCUCAAAGACGCGUUGUGGGCUAUACAGAGGAACUUGGUCUGGUCUAAUCGAAUAAAUUUUGGGUUCGUCAGUCCGUUGUUCCAACCGGAUAUUGGCUGUUCGGUCGUUACAAUCUACAACAGGUGGUUUGGGAUGUUCACCCUCAACUCGAUGUGGAUGGUCAUUGGGACUUCUUACUGCACACGCUCUUAUGUGCUACAGACCAUUCAGUUCCUCAAACGGUUCCCAAAAGCUGCAAGCCACCUACAGUAAUCAAGAACCGUACCCUUCGCCUGCUAAGCCGCAAAAGGCACUGCUGGGCGGAAUACAAACGAACUAAUAACGAUGGAGCGUAUAGGCAAUAUAAACAUAUCAGGAACAUAUGCACGAAGGCUAUAAGAGAAGACAGGCUUCAGUACCAAACAAAGCUUAUGGACAAAUUCGCCUCUAACCCUAGAAGCUUAUUCCGUUAUGCAGCCUCUCUUCGUCAAGCCAAAACAGGAGUUUCUCAACUGGUAGGUCUUAACGGCCCGACGAACAAUGAUGGCGACGCCGCUAACCUUCUGGCGGCACAUUACUCUCAAACAUUUCAACCGGCUGACAUCAACUUUACUGACGACAGUUUCAUCUGCAAUUCCACAGGACUUUCUGAAGUAGACCUAAGCGCUGACUUGGUGUUCCGGAAAUUGCAGCACAUGAGACUAGACACUUCUCCUGGCUUGGAUACGGUUCAUCCUGCCAUACUGAGGGAGGCAGCCUCAAUCCUGGCAACGCCGCUUAGCGUGAUGUUUUCUCACUCGCUUAGCCGAGGCAAAUUACCGGAAAAUUGGAAGUUGGCUCACAUCACACCAAUUUUCAAAGGUGGUCGACGCAAUGAACCUUCAAGUUAUCGGCCGGUGGCUCUUCUGUCAUUACCUUCAAAACUCAUGGAGUCCCUGAUAUGCGACGGUUUAAAUGACUAUCUACUGUCCUUAAAUUUCUUCUCACCCCAACAGCAUGGUUUCAGGAAGGGUCACUCUUGUAUAACCAACCUGCUGACUGCGGUGGACAGAUGGACAAGCAUCCUCGAUUGCAAGGGAAAGGUUGAUGUCAUCUACCUUGAUUUCUCAAAAGCUUUUGAUAAGGUUAACCACAUGUGUCUUAUCAACAAGCUCAAACGACUAGGUAUCAAACCACCCCUAAUCGAUUGGCUUACUUCAUACCUAAAAAAUCGACACUUUAAGGUUAGGGUUAAUUUCGCUUUAUCUCAGGCUAUGGAAUAUCCUAGUGGGGUCCCCCAGGGCUCAGUACUAGGGCCUCUUCUCUUCUUGAUCUACAUAAAUGAUCUUCCUCAACAGGUAACGUCAGAUUUAUUACUUUUUGCCGACGACGUUAAACUUUGGAGAGAGAUAUGCAACCAAGACGAUACACAGGCACUUCAGGAGGAUCUGACUCGACUUCAAAGUUGGGCAGACGAUAACGAACUUACCUUUAACACUUCAAAGUGUAAAGUAGUCCAUCUGCGACAUGUUGCAAACUACAGUUACAACUUAGGAAACUCCUCUCUAGUAGUAUCCCAAGUCGAAAAAGAUUUAGGAGUCCUGGUGCCCCAUGAUUUGAAGUCUUACGCCAACUGUGACAAAAAUGCCUUCCGAGCAAACCUUGCACUGGUAACGUUGAGGCGCAUUUU